CUCUCUCGUGCUGUAAACACGGCUCGCUCAGCUGCGUGGCGGAGACAGCUCAUACCAAGGGCCGGAGGUAGGCUACUGUAUUUACGUAGACUGGGCUAUUACAACGCUGUUCACCUCCUCAUAUGAUAUCUGCAGAAUCUCCUGUCUGAGGUGCAAUGGCUAGGAAGACUGACAUUCCUCCUUCAUACUAUGGUGAGCCACGCAAGUUUGACCCGGGCUUCAGAGGACCUAUCCAUAACAGGGGCUGCACGGAUGUGGUGUGCUGUGUCGUAUUCGUCAUCUUCAUCCUCGGCUACAUCGCUCUGGGCACCGUGGCCUGGAUCCAUGGCGACCCCAGGAAGGUGGUCUACCCCACCGACAGCCACGGACAGUUCUGUGGACAACAGGGGACCCCCAACGCCAACAAAGCCAUAUUAUUCUACUUCAACAUAUUGCAAUGUGCCAAUCCUGCCGUUCUCAUUAACCUCCAGUGCCCUACAACCCAGCUCUGCGUCUCCAAGUGCCCAGACAGAUUUGCCACAUACCUCGACAUGCAGUACAACUACAGGUACAACAAGAGCUACUGGGAGUAUUACAGGCAGUUCUGCAAGCCGGGCUUCGACAAUCCAAGAAAGUCCGUUGCACAAGUCUUGAGAGAUGAGGACUGCCCUUCCAUGAUAGUGCCAAGCAGACCUUUCCUCCAGCGGUGCUUCCCAGACUUCAUCACCAGGAACGGGACGCUAACUGUCGCCAACAAGACGGUCUUCAAAGACGGCUUAGGUAAAACAAGGAGCGUGAUCGAUCUUCGAGACGCUGCCAAGGAUUCUAACUUGGAACCCAGAGUCAACUGGACAGCUAUUGCAGGCCGAGUUACCGCCAUGCAGCAAGGAGUGGAAAGUGGCAUUACCAGUCUGCUAGACGCCAAGGAGGUUGGCAUGAAGAUCUUUGAGGACUAUGCCAACUCCUGGUACUGGAUCUUAAUAGGUCUGGUGAUAACCAUGGUGGUCAGUCUGGCCUUUAUCCUGCUGCUGCGGUUCACAGCCGGAGUGCUCCUGUGGCUCAUCAUCUUCGGAGUCAUCGCUGUGGUGGGCUACGGGAUCUGGCACUGCUACUGGGAGUUCAGUACACUGAGAGGGAAGCCGCACGGGGAUGGUGACGUCACCAUCUCUGACAUCGGCUUUCAGACGGACUUCCGAGUUUACCUGCAGCUCAGUCAGACCUGGCUCAUCUUCAUGAUCUCCCUGUCGGUCAUUGAGGCGGUCAUCAUAAUAAUCCUGAUAUUCCUGAGGAGGAGAGUACGCAUCGCCAUCGCUCUGCUGAAGGAGGGGAGCAGGGCCAUUGGCUACAUCAUGUCCACUCUCUUCUACCCGAUCAUCACUUUUGUGCUGCUGGCCAUCUGCAUAGCAUACUGGGCGGUCACUGCUGUCUUCUUGGCGUCUUCCGGCGACGCUGUCUACAAGGUCAUGUCGACGCCGGACAAAUGCGUGUAUGCCAACCUCACCUGUGAUCCAGAGACCUUCAGUCAGACCAACGUGACCAAGGUGUGCCCUGGCUCCCAGUGCACCUUUGCCUUCUACGGCGGCGAGAGCCUCUACCACCGCUACAUAUUUGUGCUGCAGCUGUGUAACCUGCUGGUGUUCCUGUGGCUGGUCAACUUCACCAUUGCCCUGGGACAGUGCACCCUGGCCGGGGCCUUCGCCUCCUACUACUGGGCCCUGAGGAAGCCCCAGGAUAUACCGUCCUGUCCACUGUUCUCCUCCUUCAGUAGGGCUGUAAGGUACCACACAGGCUCUCUGGCGUUUGGCUCUCUGAUUCUGGCUGUAGUGCAGAUGUUCCGCAUUGUUCUGGAGUAUCUGGAUCACAAACUCAAAGGUGCGCACAAUGCUUUUGCCCGCUUCCUGAUUUGCUGUCUCAAAUGCUGCUUCUGGUGCCUGGAGCAUUUCAUCAAGUUCAUGAACAGGAACGCCUACAUCAUGAUCGCGAUAUAUGGGAAGAACUUCUGCACCUCGGCUAAAGAUGCUUUCUUCCUCCUGAUGAGGAACGUAGUGAGGGUGGCAGUGCUGGACAAGGUGACAGACUUUCUGCUCUUCUUGGGAAAAGUGCUUAUUUCAGGGAGUGUUGGUGUUCUAGCGUUCUUCUUCUUCACCCGUAAGAUACCAGUUAUUCAAGAAGAAGUACCAUCACUAAAUUACUACUGGGUCCCCCUGCUGACGGUGAUAUUUGGAUCCUACCUGAUUGCCCAUGGCUUCUUCAAUGUCUAUGCAAUGUGUGUGGACACCUUAUUCCUUUGUUUUUUGGUGGAUCUGGAGGUGAACAGCGGCUCUGCUGCCAGACCCUUCUACAUGAGCAGCACCCUGAGACAAAUUCUCGACAAGAAGAACAGCAAGAGGAGGAAAGACAAGCGAGAGCGGGGAAGAUGAGAAGAGAGGAACGGAUACAGGGUGACUGGAGGAGACCGAGGCAGGAGAGGUGAUGGAGAUUGGGGGGGAAGGCACCGGUGCAUGAUGUAGAGAUGGAAGACAAGACUAUUCUAAUCCUGGUCCAUAUUGUACCUGAUACCAUUAUUAUUAUGCUCUGUGGACAUAAUAUGUGAAUUGUCUUAUCUUGCCUUACAGUACUUGGAUGUACUAACAAACUUAUCACCAUGAAUGCACAAUGACAACAGUGCAGUUAGCUUAACUCUGGUCAAAUCGUGCAUUUAAAUGCAACUGCAAGUUCUUGGUUUUACCAAUGUACUGUGAAGCACUUACUUGAGGGAACAGCGAUGUGUACAUUUGUAUAAUAAUAUUUUGCACCACAUGCUACCUGUCAGCAGGCCUGUGUCACUCUGUAUGCAGGAACUCAAACCAGCCACAAGAUGGCACUAUUUAAGGUGAUCAUCUUAAAGGUCCAGUACAGCGGUUUUUAAUCGCGAUAUCAAAUCAUGUCUGAGUAACAAUUUAGGUACGUUACUGUGGUUUCAAUUAAAGUGGUCAAAGAGACACAAGUAGCUUCUUAGCGAAAGAGCAACUUCUCAAGCAAGAAUUAUGCUGGGACUGGUCUGAGUCGGGAGGGGGAAACCAGCUUUUAUUGGCAGAGAGGUUAGGAACUCUCGUUCUUAUUGGUCUAUUAGCUCAUUUGUCACCUGGUGGUGUCACCAGGCAGGCCAAAACUCCAUCCCACCAAAACAGGAAAUAUAAAUGUUGAUUGCAUUGGGCCUUUUAAGAAACCUCCCAAGAGGUUACACCAAGACAGCUGAGUGAAGGGCUGCUUGGGUGAAAUACUGUACAUGAAAUGUCCGUAGUUACCAUGUAUAAUUAUGCUCUUCAAGCUCCUUGGAGCACUAACUUUUAUUUUCUCCUAUUGAGAAAGCUAUUUGCCAUACAUUGUCCAUUGUGCUAAUGUCUCGUUGUAGCAACCUUCUAACUUGUCCAAUUGUAAGAAUGUAAUAGCCCUACAAUUAGGUGCUUCAGUAAGUGCCAAAGAGCAACGGAAAUCAGCAGGAAUGCAGCGUCGAGGACCCUUACCUGUAUGUAUUGGAUUCUAGCCACCGUUGGCCAUAAAUCACAGUGUUACAAAUGAUGUUUCCCUCUUGUAUGCCAUUCAAAGUUUUUGGUCUAAGGUCUUCGUCCCAUUCCUUCUUUGUGCAGCAGCACUGUGGGGACAGAUCAUGUGCCAUUACUACGUCUGUCCCAUAGUGGCAUCACUGCCAGUAUCAGAGAUGGAGCAUCCUUUCCUACUGGUACACAGUAGCACAUGCCCAUACAUGCACACGCCAAUACCAUUUUUGUUAUUGAAAUUCGACCUGUGUAAGGGCACAACAACUUUAUGAUCGUGUAAAUAUGGAAGUAAUAUACAUCCGAGAAUAAUUUGAAUGGAUUACUACAGGCGCCUGUGUUUUCUUCUCUCCCUGUUAUUGCCAUGAAAGAACAGUCCCGCUUUAAUGCAACGAUGCCAAUAAACUAUCUAUGCCUAUGCUAUAGUAUGUACAGUGCCUUCAGACAAUAUUCACACCCCUUGACUUCUUCCACAAUUUGUUGUGUUACAAAGUGGGAUUCAAAUGGAUUUAAUUGUCAUUUUUGUCAACGAUCUACACUAAAUAAUCAGUAAGUGAAGGAACAUUUUGAGAGAAUGCCAAGAAUGUGCAAAGCUGUCAAAGGCAACGGGUAGCUACUUUGAUGUAAAAUAUAUCUUGUUUUGUUUAACAUUUUUUUGUGGUUACUACAUGAUUCCAUAUGUGUUAUUUCAUAGUUUUGACAUCUUCACUAUUAUUCUACAAUGUAGAAAAUAGUCAAAUAAAAGAAACUCUUGCAUGAGUAGGUGUGUCCAAACUUUUGACUGGUACUGUAAGUGAAUUAUUGCAGACAGGAUGCAUAUUUUUUAAAUUCUGUACAGGCUUCCUUCUUUUCACUGUCAUUUAGGUUAGUAUUGUGGAGUAACUACGAUUUUCUCCUAUCACAGCCAUUAAACUCUAACUGGUUUCCACUGGAUGUCAUAA